GGCAGGCACCGAGCCAUGCGGAGCUGGGGGAUGCUGGGGGGCGCGGCGGCGGCUCUGGCAGCCGGGAUUUACGUCCUUUGGGGCCCCAUCACCGGCAGGAAACGGCGCCGGAGAGGGCUUGUCCCGGGUCUCCUGAACCUGGGCAACACGUGUUUCAUGAAUUCCCUGCUCCAGGGCUUGUCCUCCUGCCCCUCCUUCAUCAGGUGGCUGGAGGAGUUCACCACACAGUACAGGACAGAGCAGGAAAAAUCCAAUGAACAUCAUCAACACCUGUCAGUGACUUUGCUGCAGCUCCUCAGAGUUUUAUCCUGCCAGGAGGUGACAGAGGAUGAUGUCCUGGAUGCCAGCUGCCUGCUGGAGGUGCUGAGGAUGAACAGGUGGCAGAUUUCCUCCUUUGAGGAGCAGGAUGCCCAUGAGCUGUUCCAUGUCCUGACCUCUUCCCUGGAGGACGAACGGGAUCGGCAGCCCCGUGUGACCCAUCUGUUUGAUGUGCAUUCCCUGGAGCAACCAGAAAUAACCCAAAAGCAAAUAAGCUGCAGGACAAGAGGAUCUCUUCCCCCUGUGUCCAACCACUGGAAAUCUCAGCACCCUUUCCAUGGAAGGCUGACCAGCAACAUGGUCUGCAAACACUGUGAGCACCAGAGCCCUGUGAGGUUUGACACCUUUGACAGCCUCUCCCUGAGCAUUCCAGCAGCUGUGUGGGGUCGUCCCAUGACACUGGACCAUUGCCUCCAUCACUUCAUCUCCUCAGAGUCUGUGAAGGAUGUUGUGUGUGACAACUGCACCAAAAUCCAGGCAGAAGGACUUCUGAAUGGACAGAGCAUAGAAAACCAGAGAACAACGUUUGUUAAGCAAUUAAAGUUGGGAAAGCUGCCCCAGUGUUUGUGCAUCCACCUGCAAAGGCUGAGCUGGUCAAACCAAGGCACUCCCCUGAAGAGACACGAGCACGUCCAGUUCAAUGAAUUCCUGGUCAUGGACAUCUACAAAUACCGAGUUCCUGGGCCCAAAUCCACCCAGGAGCAGCUCAGCCAGAAAAACGUGGAGGAGACAACCCCUGGAAUAAAGGAUGGGAGAGCAGGGAAGCCUUCAGAUGCAGAACAACCAGCUGGUACCAAACCUCUCUUCAUGAAUGGUGCCUCCUCUUCCUCAUUUUUAAUGUCCCCAGGAACUUUCCCACUUGCUGCAUUCUCUGAGUGCAGGUCCCCGCUGUACCUGUACCGCCUGAUGGCAGUGGUGGUUCACCACGGGGACAUGCACUCGGGACACUUCGUCACCUUCCGGCGCGCUCCGGGCGCCCGCAGCAGCCAGUGGCUCUGGAUCUCGGAUGAAUCCGUGCGCAGGGCCAGCCUGCACGAGGUGCUGGCUGCCAGCGCCUACCUGCUGUUCUACGAGCGUGUGCACGGCCGGGCCCAGCCCCAGAGCCCCGCCCGGCACUGAGCCCCUCCCUUCUGCAAAGCUCCCCGUGCCCUGGUGACAGCUGGCAGUUGUGGUUCGGACCCAAAUCCUGCUCUUGCAGCACCGGCUGUGGGUUGAGAAGUUUCCCUGCCUUGUCCCAAGGUUCUGUUCCAUGUUCCUCACGCGGCACUUUUCCCUUGGAGAUGCUUUAUCCCCCACAUUUCACUGCCCAAAAGGAGCCCUGGGAAGGGUUGAUGUCAAGCUGCUGUUGAAGAGCCCUUCCCCAUCCCAGUCCUUCCCCUGGCACCUCUCCGUUAUGCACCAGCUCCUCCAGGUUCCCUUCCCUGUGGCAAUGGCUGGGAAUUGUUUUGUACCUAAAUUCCCUGGCUGUUCUGACAUCUCCUUGAGAAGCCUCUGUCUGUCAGGCAGGGGUUUUAUUCCCAAUUUUUCCCAUUGAGGAGCCCUGGGAGGGGGUAAAUGGGAAGCUGCCGUUGGCAAAGGCAAUGAUUUGAGACACAAAGUGCCUUGAGCUUCCCUGAGCAGCUGAACAUUGCCACUGGCCCAGCCCUCUGCAUGCCCACUGUGUCCUGGGAAUGCCUCACAACCAUGGGAUGAACUCAUGGAAUCACAUUUCUCCUGUCCUGCCAAGUCAAGGCAUCUCCACAAACAUCCCUGCUCCAAAAGGUUCCCCUGUUCACACAAUUUUCCUCCUACUUUACUUCUUUAAAAAGCCCUCCUGAUUUAAAUUGCUUUAUCCAGGAGGUAAUUUUGUAUCUGUUAAGAGCUGAAACCUUAAUUUAUUGCUCCAUACCUUUGGAAUAUAGCUGGAAUCAGCACGUGGAAGUGUUUGCUAGUGCUCAGUGUUGUCAUUUCCUUCAGCACUGUUGAAUCCAGUUGUUUUUGUAGCAUCAACUACAACUUUUAAGGCUGUGAUUUCCAAGCUGCUGUAACUGUUCUAGACUUGCCCUUCCCAUUUUAUUGCUGGAAUUUGCUAUUCCCAGCAUUGGGAUCCAUGCUCCUGGCUUGCAGCUGAGCUGUAGAGCAGCCCCUGGCCUUGUUAAAUGGAAUCUAAAUAACAGGGCCAGGACUGGUGGGCACUUACUGGUCUCAUGAAGAAAUCUGAGAAUCCUGCAUCAGCUCCAGGCUGCCCUGUAAAUAGAAAUAAGGGGAAUUCUGCUGCUCUAGAUUGUUUGAUGUGCAAAAAAAAAAAAAAAAAUUUAAAAAUCCCAACGCACAGAGGGAGAAGCAGCAAAACUACUCCUUUAAAAACCUGCUUUUAAAUGACCAGGAAUAAAAUAUGUAGGUUGUUUUUAGCUCUUUUCUGUCCUUGUAAGCUUGGAGGAGAAAAAUCCCUCAUCAGACAAGCUUUUUUCAAUGUGAAGUUUUCAAAUAACAACUGUCUUAAAUAGUUUUUUUUUAGGGCAACUUUGUACCUCAUGAAUUCAUAGUGCUGCCCAAAGCUCGGGGGUGUUCACACUUCCUCAGGUGAGGCUCCAAACCAGCCAAAGCAGGAGUGGUAAAAAAAAUGAGUGGAUAUGCAAAAUUAUUUACACAACUCAUCAUUCCAGAGUCUGGAGCACAAUUCCUGGCCCAGGUAAUGCUCAUAGUACAUAAAUAUUGAUAAAUCCACUGCUGGACUGGAACUGGUCCUGGCUGUGCUGCAUGAGCAGUAGUUUGGUUUUAACCUGUUUUAAGUUAUAGAAAAGCAAGAAAACAAAACAAAUAACCUUGAAGGAUGUAAAAUGCCAAAAAUUUGCUCUGGCCAUUGAAGGGAGAGCUGACAGAGCUGGAGAAGGAGCCAGCCUUUCCUACUGGGAGCCACCUAAAACCAUCACCCCAACAUCUCCCUCCAGCAGCUCUGCCCCUGCACCUCACAACUGAAACCAUUGCCAGGGCCAGCAGUGCCUGUCCUGCAUUCUCCAUGCUCAGUGCUCUGCUUGGGGGCUUUUCCUGGAUUUGGGAAUUCAGCUGAGCCCCCCCUUUGGCUUAGUUGUGCUGGAGGAGGGGCAGAGGACACGCACACUGUGGACUGAGAUCUGAAAUCUGGCAGCUGGGACAGGGACAAAGUCACUUCUUCCUGCACAGCCAGCAGGUUUUCUUCUGUCAAGAGCUGUUUCCCUGGGCUGUGGAUUGACUCUGGAUCUCCCUCAAGGGCUAUCAAAGGGAGAGCUGAGCCUUUUUUUGUGGCUUUGCCUGGUGGGGAGGAGUGGAUAGGCUUGGCUUAACCCUCAGGUGAGGACUGGAGCAAAGCCCAGCACCUCAGUCCUGGCCUUGAGCUGUGCCAGAUCUUCCCAGCCCUCUGUGAGCUGGGGAAUCUGGGCAGGGCUUUGGGAGCUCAUCCUCCCCUUUGGAAGUCACUGGGAUCUGUUUUUCAGCCAAGCACAUCUGUGGAGAUCAUUGGAAUUUGUCCAGCCCUCCCCUUUGGAGAUCCCAGGGCUCUGUGUUUUCCAGCCAACCCUCCCCUCUCUGGGAGGGCUCCAUGCAGCCACAAGGCUCAAAUGCUGGUACUUGUCCCUCCCAAGCUGCCAUGGUGGAAAAAUAUGUUAAUAAAUUGUAAAGAAUUAAGAGCUCCAAGAUGCCACCUCUGUGUUUGGAUUAUUCUUGUUUUAUUUUGUGUGUUAAUUUAAAAAUGUCUGUUCCAGUCUAAGCACUGCACUGCUGUUGGAAGUUGCUUUUUUUUCCACUUCAGGGUAUUUUUGUAAUUGUACAGUAGCAAUAAAAGAACAAACUUGGUAGAAAAA